AUGCAGUUCAAAAACAUCAUCUUCUCCCUACUCGCCGUCGGAGUCGUCGCCGAAGUUCCUCCAGCGAAAUGCAACAAUGACGUGGACCAAAAGAACAGCGACAAGUGCAUUUGGGGAGACGGAAAAACCGGAGGAGUGUACGACUGCAAGGGAGAUCCGCAAUGCGAGUCUCAGCACGCACAGGGUUGUGCCGAUGCCAACCACUGCACACUGAUGCACGGUUGA